CCUCAGUCAUCACCACCGAGCCGUCUCUCCUCCAUAAUUUCCUCUCCCCCGAAUUCUCUCUCCGCCGCCGUCCUCCUCGCCCCAGCGCCCGCCGCAGCCGCCUCCGCCCUACACCCAGCCCGCGCCGCCGCCUCCCUGGCCCUGGCCCUCACCCUCGCCCCAGCGCGCGCCGCCGCCGUCCUUCACCCAGCCCGCGCCGCUGGAUUACGCCCUCCUCACAGCGCGCCGCCGCCCUCAUCUUCCCCCAUAUCAACAGAGCAACCGUCCUCCUGCCCAACGAGACCGAACCACCUACAAGCCCGAGCACCCUCUCCCGAAGAACACCGGCCACGCCCCGAAGUCUGCAUUGAUAUUCUCAACUAUCAUCAAUUUUUUUGGCUGGAUUUCUUAUGUUCUUGCAUGCGCUCACUUUUUAUAGUGGUCGUUUACUUUGCCUGUUAGCUUGCCUUACUGUCCACUGGAGCGAUUGACAUUAACUUGUAUUUCUACCAUAAAGAAGAACCAGGUGUUAUGUACCAACUGCAUCAUAUUUUUAACAGUAAUCUGUUAUACUGGAGCAUUUUUUAUAACUCAACUGGAUGUUACUCAUCAGCUGCAUCAUGUUUUUAACAGUAAUUUAUUAUUGUUUGGCAUUUUCUAUCCACUCUGCAUCCUGUUGUUCACUUAGUAAUUGAGAAAGCAGCAUUAUGUUUUUCCUAAUUUGCUAUGCAAUUUUUGGAGAAUCAUUUGCACAGGCCGGUUUGUUCUUUUACGGUCUUGCUUUAUAAUUAACUAGGCAUAUCAUUUAGAGGCAUCUUAACCAGUCUGUAACACUUAAGCUUGAGAUACUUGUGUCAGUCUAGAUCCUUCACAAUAUGCAUGAAUAACGAUUUUAUAUAUAGGAAGUGUUGCAGCUAGCAGAGGAACAGAGUGCAGAAAUAAUGAUUUUUCCAAAAGGUGCUCCAUGUAAGGAGAUAUUGAAACCAUUCAAUGAGAAAUCUAGGAAAACCAAUGUGGACGGGAAAAGGAUCGGAACUUGUAGUGAAUGUGGCAAACCAAAUCACGACAUGCGAACAUAUCCUGUCCUGAAGCCACCACCUGCGACGUGAUGAAGUUGAGUGGUGUCCGGCUGCUUAUCUGCUGCACGUUUUCGAGGGAGUCUACUGCACAUUUGGAGGGAUUUUACUGCAAUUUUAAUCAUGGUAUACCUCAUUCUUUGGUCACUAUUCUACUUCAUUUUCAAUGUUGGUCUGUCUACUGAACUUUUUGUUGAUGUUUACUGUAUUUCUAGAGGCUCAUGUACAAUAGGGUAUGAGCCACUAGAAAUUCAAACAUCCACAAAAAGUGCUUUUCUCUCGUUUGAAGGCAUGUACUGAAAUUCUCAGAAUUAAUUUAAGCAACAGCUAUGCACAGUAAUAAAAAUAUAGAAAGAGGCUAAAAAAGAUCUAGUAUAGUAAAAGAAGAAAAGAAACUACCAGCAAUUGUAAAAAAAAAAUUUGUAAAAAUGAAUGAUAACAAAGGAAGGAUAGAGAAGAAGGAAGUAGUACGACUGCAAGGAAUCGCCUAUUAGAGGAGUGUUACCCUAUAAAAAACUGGCAACAUGUGUGCAUUGCAUUAUCCUAAUGAGUCACGGCAAAAGCUAGUGUUUAUCUUGUUUCCGCCCUCUCGGCACAAAUGUGCAGUCUUCCCUUUUGAGCAUCAAUUUUCUCUGGUUCCAUGCAUCUUGCAAGAACACAACAUAGUGUCUUACUACUUCUAUCUGUGCUCACCAUUGGUUCCACAGGUUUUCUUUGGUCCAUGCUAAAGCAAAACACCACGAGUUGUUACCAACAUUAUUGUCCCUCAAAUUAGAAUCUGGCAGAGUAUUAUAUAGAUGUGUCUAAAAGCUACAAUUUUAAAGAUUUUUGUUAAUGUAUCUUGAUUUAUUCCUACCCUCUGGCGGGAUUAGUAGUCUCAUAUUGCAGGUUUUACAUUUUAACUCUAAAUCGCAUCACCAUUGGAUCGAAAAUAAAUAAUACAAGAGGUGGCUCAUGAAUAUUAUAAAACAGUGCUGGUCAUAAUUAAAAUAAUGAGUUUAACACAUUUAUCAAAUUAACAUCAGUUUUAACAAUUAAUUCCACACCAUAAAAAAUGACAUCCAGUGAUACCAACCUUUAAAAAUGACACUACCAUUAAAUAUUAUAUUCUCUAGACAAACUUUCUCACCGGUAACCUUUUAUUCAGCUAAGCACUUUUAGCAAGACUGUUUUGGGCAAUUAUCAUUACCUAAUAGUGCAAAACAUAAUUUAAACAACAAUCACAAGGUCAAUGUGUGUGGCAUACUGAACUAUGGCUUAAUAGGAUUGAUAGGCUACCUAUACCAAUUUGAAGAUGGGUGACCAACCGGGAAGUUUUCCCCGGGAGCACAUGAGUGAGCACAAAGUGCGCUGAAAAGACAUGUGUUUAUCUGUGGGGCCAGUCUUGAAACCUAGAGACCUGCCAGGGUGACGUCAGGGCGUUACAAUGUGCUCACAAUUAAAAACAACUUUCACUCUACCCACACAUCAAUAUAGAGAGUUAGAAAAACCACCACCAAAUAGGAAUUAUUAAAAAUAUAGGUAUAGAUAUAGAUGAUUCCAUGUUAUCUCAUCAGGCUAGCUCUUUUGUAGAUUGUAUUUUGCCAUUUUCCUUUUUUUUGAGAGGAAAUAAAAAUAGCAAAAAUACAAACCAAAACACAUGUUGUUUGUAAAAGAUACCAAUCCUUGAAUCAACCCAUUUUGUUGCCAACUGUCCCGCCAACUGCCAACUGUCUGGUGUUUUUAUGGAUGCUCAGGAAAAUGUUCGCCCGCAAGGGCAAUAUGGGGUAUUUUGGCUCAAGUUUUCAGAUCUGGUCUGAAAAAUAUAUUCCGGGUCAAUCGAUUUUACGAGAUCUGUUUGGUUCAUUUUUUUUUCCGGCCAAAAGCAUAGAAUAGAGGUUAUUUUGCAGAUCGGUCCAAUAUACGGGAUUUGCUGGAGACGUUCUUACUAACUCCAACCUCUCCCAAAAAUAAAUCUUACUAACUCCAACUUUGAAUAAUUGGGCGGCUAACCUUCUUGUCUCGCUGUCAACCACGCACAUAAUUAACUAACUAGACGCAUAGGAUCUACAUAACACUGCAGGACUGGACAUGCAUAGAAGCCGCUGGGGUGUAUUUCCUAACCUUGAAUGGAAUUUAUAAUGAGCGAAUGUUCGCUCUUUAGUUUCCCGGAGCAAACGUUCUGCUGGCCAUCUGAUCGGGAAGACUGUGAUUGAGAUCGCGCCACGUGUCUUGUGGUGUGACGACUUUAGUUCUGUGAGAUGGCAACUUUAGUCUGUGAGGAUGACAACAUUAGUUCUCUGCGGUGGCAACUUUACCCCUGCCUCGCCAAAAUGUUAGGGAGCGAAAGUUUAGUUAUGUCGUGAGGUGGAAACUUUACUACUGUGCGGACGACAACUUUCUAUGUGAAUAUGUGAAUGACAACUUUACCCGUUGCUGGACCUGCAAGCGUGCGAAACGUUCACUCCCUCCAUUCCAACAUUGAAUGGAAUAUUCGCCUCAAAUGAUAGGCACGUUGGCGGCUGCCCUGUCUUGCUUUCAUGCUGUCAUUGUUGUCCAGAUCGAUGAUGUUUGCUAUCAGACAUCAGGUUUGUCUGACCUGUCGUGCUCCCUUUUGUACGUAGUUAAAUAAGGCACAACUUGUUCUGCAUAAAGUCGAAACCUUCAUGCAAAGUACUCAUUUUUGUCUUGAUACCCGAGCUCAUUUUUUAGCAUUUAUUUCCUAAAUAAAGCAAACCUUCAAUAAUCAGCGGCCCUUGUUUGUGUGGUGUUGCAAAGUAGCGGUCGCUUUGUGCUUGUCUGCAGGCCUAUUGCAUGAUUGCCAAAAUGCUAAUGAUUGAUCUAUAUAUUACAUCGAUCUCUCACCUUCCAAAAGAAAACAGCACAUUUUUAGCCCAACAGUGUAUGCCAAAAUCCAAGAGGCAAUUAACCGACUGGAUUAAUUGUGACCUAAUUCUCAUACGCGUCGUGGUAGUAGACAUAGAAGAAACCGCAAAAAAUUAAAAGGAAUGCAAAUACAAAUUAAACAAAUGUUGCGAAAACAAGAUAUGGAAGUUGCAAGAUAAGUUUGCUAGGGCAGAAAACAGGAAAACAGGAAAACCGUCCGAAUUGGACGAUCUUAGUUUGCCGUAGGUGGACUGGCCGCAAUUAGGAACCAACCACGGGAGCUAUAUGCUCAGUUCACAUUUAGGUAGCUAGAUCAAUUCACUGGAACUCCGAAUUGGACGAUCUUAGUCAUUUCGGUGAACUCAAAUACGUAUACGAUUUCAGAUUAAUUUCUUUCUUUUAGAACGUCCACUCUUUUCACAAACUGAAGUCAAAAUCAAUUUUACAAUUUCACGGUAUUAUGAUUCCCCUCCAGGCUCUUGCUCUUCCUGAAAGCAACUAAUUAAACCACCCUCUUCCAACUUUGGUUCGAACAAGAAGUGUGGCUAUCGCUUUUCUCAAGCUCCACACGGCACAAGUAGCUAGAUCGAAUCACCCGCGGUCUGCAGGAAUAAUGGCCGGAUGGUACUUGUGCUCCCAGCCAACCAAGGACAAGUUGAAGCCAUGGCGCGUGCGCUUAGGAAUCGUCUUGGCUGUAGCCGUGGUUCUCGCAGCUACGGUUCUCCUGGCCUUGCGCUACGCUGUGAUCCCCGAGGUCAAGGCUGCCAUCGACGACGCCCGUCUCGACAGAUUUGCCUUGGCCACAACAAACGACAGCUCCUCCUUGGGCUUCAAUGUCUCGAUCGCCCUGGCCGUUCGCAACACCAACAGGGCCAUGAGCGUCAAGUACACGGAGCCCGUGGUGGCCAAUUUCGUCUUCCACGACCGCCGACUGGGAACCGCAGCCGUAGCCGGCGAGGGGCACGAGCACCCGCCGCGCAGGAGGGAGGUGCACCUCCUGCGACUCGGCGGGGAGGUGCCAUCGGGAGUGAUCGGCGACGCGGCGGCGGAGGAAUUCAAGAAGCAGAACGCGUCGGGCGCCUUCGAUGUGGAGCUGCGGUUCGACGUGGAGAUCUCGCUUGGCAUCGGCAACACCCGUGGGAUGAGCUUCAGCUGCCCGCUCAGGCUGCAGCUCGCGCCGCCGGGCCCCACGGUCGUCGUGUUCCGCCGGGUCUACUGCAUGCAUGAGGAGCAAGAGAAGAACUACUUUUGAUCAACACAUGCAUAUGUGUCUUUAUAGAACAAUAUGUAAUUUCCUUGUUGUUUUUGGCUAUAUAUAUUGUUAAUCUGGAGGUUUUUUGUAAUAGUACUGUGGAUAUGCAACAAUGACAAUGGGUAUGAAUUUGCAGUUGUUGUUUCUUUCGUGA